ACCGAGCACAUUUCUGUUUUUGUCGUUCACAAAAUUUCAAAUUUGUCCGCUGUGUUUUUUGUUUUAAAUAUUAUCAAAAAUUCCCUUUUUUGAGUCAUUAAACAAUCAAAAUUAAAUCGCAUCCGUGUUUUCGUGUAAUCAAAAAAUACCCCAAACCCUGGACCCACCCAUAUCAGUAGAUCUGCAGUUCUAAUAGCAAUUUAAGCGCCAUUACGAUGUGUGACCAGGCUGGUAAUCCAUGCCCGACAACUGGCGGUUGUGCUGGUGAUGCGAUCAUGGCUUGCGAUCAGUACUGCCCGCCCAAGUGUGACCCUUGUCAGGCACCGGUCGAUUUUACGCCGUGUCCGCCAGGCGUCGAUUGUAGCUGUCGCUGUGACUGUGGUGACUAUGCGGGCUGUUGCUAUCAACAGCCCCCUCGAGCCCAACCCAUCCGCCCGAUGUCGUGCAUUAUGCGUUCGACAGCGCCACUGGAGACAGAUACGAUAUAUAAGCGCUCCUACUUUGCCAAUUGCGGCGACUGUUAUCGCGCGAAGCCAAUACGGCCAUGUUCAAACAUAGUGCCGAACCCCGGUCGCAUGGAAUCGUGCACCGUACAAAAGUUAUCAUACUUGCCACCUUGUGCAGGGACUCGCGCGGCACCCAUAAAACCGCCAGACAAUGGGCUGCGCUUUUGUGGUCCACUAUAUGCAAUGACCUCACAGAAGCAUGACUAUGUUCCAAAAGGUUAUAGUAAACGUAAUCCCAUACUUCCCAUAAGUGGCAUAUGUAAGCCAUGUGACCCAUUGGAGCGUUGUACCAUCAACCGUUUGUCAUACAUGCCAGUAGAUGUGUGUCGGAAUCCACCACCCAAACCGAUAGUACCGACAUACAACAUACAACGAUCUACUGGACCGACCGAAAAAUGCACCGUACAAAAGCUAAGUUAUCUACCCGUUUGUCCGUUGCCUAAGGAGCCGAUGCCAUGGGCGGAAAAGGUGCGCCUUGCCCCACCACGUUAUGAAAAUCUCUGCACUACCUAUAAUCUCAGUUAUUUACCCAAUUGUUGUACGGCACGUACGGCUCCUGUUGUGCCCAUGCAUAGCAUUAAAACCUUGGGAUCAGAUCGUAACGAUGGUUGUACGGUGUACAAGCUUAGCUACAUGCCAGCGGAUGCACGUUGUUGUAGACCAGAUCCGAUACGUCCCAGUCCAGGUAUAUGCAUGCCUACAGGCCCCUUGGAAAAAUGCACCAUCCAGAAGCUGUCAUACCAACCUAAUUGUUGUGUAGCUCGCACACAACCUAUUCGUCCCAAGGAGAACGGUCUUAAGGCGUGCGGUCCGCUCUAUAAUAUGACCACACAAAAACAUGAUUUUGUACCGAAACCGGUUUGCCGACGUGCACCGAUACGCCCACAAUCGCUUAUAUGCCGCGCCACCGGAAACAUGGAUGCCUGCACUAUCAACAAACUUUCUUACAUGCCAGUCAAUGUAUGUGAAUUCAGGCGUCCAGAGCCUAUUAGGCCUCGACCAGGAGUGUGUCGUGCCGACGGACCCGUUGAAAAGUGUACUGUUUACAAGCUUAGCUACUUGCCAAAUUGUCCACAACCCCGACAGCCAUUGCCAUGGGCGAAUCAGUCAUCCUAUUGUAAACCGACAGCACCGAUCGAAAAGUGUACCAUACAGAAACUCAGUUACGGACCACCUGGCACAUUUUCACGUUGCGGCGGUUGUUGCAAUACGAACUGCGGACCAUCAGCCCCCAAAGCAGGAAUAUGUAACUGACCGCAAUAAUUUUUAUUUUGUUAAAAAAUGCGUUCAUUUACACUUAUUUUCUCAAAUAGUCUAAUUUUUUUGUGUAUUCUUACUUCAACAUUUCAAAUGUAUGAUUGUUAAAUAGUUUACUAUUUCCGCAAACUAUAACAAUAAACAGUCGGCGGACCCCGACUCAUACACAAUCAGGACAAUGCCCACAAUUGAACCCAAAUAUCAAAUACCACGAACAAAUACCAUACACAACAGAAGACACAGGAAAUAUUGUAAUUAGCAACUCCAAAAAAGGAAAUAUUACUUGGACAAAGCGAAAAAUUAAAAAAGUUAUAAGCAUAGGCGACAUACGCUUUUUAAAAUGCCCGCAGAAAUAGACAGAAUACAUAAACUAUGAUAAAAAUAGUUGCCAUAAUAAUAAAUGUUUCAUAAUUUUAUAUUUAUCAAAUAAUAAGUAUAUUCUACAAAACAAAUAAGCCUUAAUUAAAUUUGCUCUCGAACAAAAACGAAA